CGCUCGCCCUUGCUGGUGACGCUGCCGCUGGGCCUUGGCAUGGCCUCGCUUUGCAUCCCGGGUCGGAAACUGACCGAUCUGGCCGCCGUCAUGCUGGUGCUGCACUGUUCUCUGCAGAGUGCUUGGGGAAGUGUGGAGAAGGCGCCUGCAGUGCACUGCAAGGCGAGUGUGCUUGAGUGUGCUUCAUUCUAGACUGUAGUGUCGGGCGCGUGGCUGGCAGGUAGGGAGACCGCUCUCACUCAGGAAACACACACUGGUUUCAAAGGGGUCUUCAGUGAGCUGAGGGUUGCCCCCGCCUUAGUGGUGAUUGAAGCUAGGAGGUUAUAAGUGCUAGAGACAAGUGCUCCAUCCCUAACGUGCAUCCCAUAUCUCUUUUAUUUAUUAAGUUGGCCAGGUUGACCUUGAGCUUGUGAGCCUUCUGCCUCAGCCUCCUAGGUAGCUGGGAUUACAGAGUUGCCGUACCACAGCUGGGUGGCUGUCACCUUCGAAGAUGUGGCUGUGAGAUUCACUCAGGAGGAGUGGGGGCAGCUGGACCUUUCCAAGAGGACCUUAUACUGGGAAGUGAUGCUAGAGACCUGUGGGCUUCUGACUGCUGUGGGCUGUCCUUUGUCCAAGUCAGAGUUGAUCUACCAGUUGGAGCACAGCCACGAUCUAUGGACAGCAACAGAGGUCUUCUCCCAGAGCUCCCGUCCAGGUAACAGCACAAAACCUAACACCACCAAGCCCAGUCCUGCUUACCAGGCCUGGCCUGAGGGAGCCUUGCUCCACGACCAUGAGACAGAAGGAGCCUCUCUGGACUCCCUGGUGGAGCUGCACCCCGGUCAGGAUGGGCCCUGUGAAGUACAGGAAGGACUCCUGAGACCAGGGCUGGAGGCCCUGAGGGAGAAGCUUCCUGGGGCUGGGGGGCCUGGACAUGAUGGCACGGGGUCAGCUGAUAGUGUGUGUUCAAAGACUGUGCUUGGGAGUGUGUCUCCACACUCAGCUCCCCCUGUCUGUGACUCCCGUGGGUCAGCUGCAGAUCACUUGGUACAAGAGGGAAAAAAUGCCUUCAAAUGCAAGGAAUGCGGGAAGGUGUUUAAGAAGGAACGCUUUCUCCUUCGCCAUCAGUGGGUUCACAUAAUAGUGAGGCACUAUGAGUGCACAGAAUGUGGGAAGUCCUUCCGCAAGAGCACUCAGCUCCUCCAGCACCAGAUGGUCCACACCGGAGAGAAGCCUUAUAAGUGUCUGGAGUGUGGCAAGGCCUUCAGCCGUGGCACUCACCUUAGUCGGCACCAGCGCACGCACAGUGGGGAGAAGCCGUAUAAGUGCAGUGAGUGUGGACAGACCUUCGCCUACCGCUCCACAAUGAUUUUGCAUAACAGGAUCCACACUGGAGAGAAACCCUUUGUGUGCGAUGAGUGUGGCAAAGCCUUUCGAGAUAAAGCUGGUUUCACUAGACACUACUUUAUCCACACGGGAGAAAAGCCCUAUCAGUGCUCAGAGUGUGGCAAGGCCUUCAACCAGCGGUCUUACCUCACGUGGCACCAGCAGAUUCACACGGGAGUGAAACCUUUCCAGUGCAAUGAAUGUGGGAGAGGAUUUGGUGAGCGUUCGGCCCUCAUUCACCACUAUGUCACCCACACGGGGGAGAAGCCAUAUAUUUGCUUGGAAUGUGGGAAAGCCUUCCACCGUGGGUCAUACCUCAAACAGCACCAGCGCAUCCACACUGGGGAGAAGCCAUAUGUGUGUGGUGAGUGUGGAAAGGCCUUUGUGCACCGUUCCACAUUCAUCUUGCACAAAAAAGCCCACACUGGAGAAACACCCUAUGAGUGCAAAGAAUGUAGGAAAGCCUUCAGCGAUAGGACAGACCUUAUCCGUCACUUCAGUAUCCACACGGGAGAGAAGCCGUCGGAGUGCACGGAGUGUGGGAAGCUUUUCAAUCACAGGACAGGACUCAUCAGGCACCAGCGGAUUCACAGUGGGGAGAAGCCCUACAAAUGCAUGGAGUGUGGUAAAACCUUUUUGCGGAGUGCACACCUCAUCCGUCACUCCUUCAUCCACACAGGAGAGAAGCCCUAUAGGUGCAAUGAAUGUGGAAAGGCCUUUACCUGCAGCUCCUCCCUCGCACAGCAUCAGAGGAGGCACAUGAAGAAGAACUCUGACAGUGUGGUGGAGGAGGGGAGACCUUUCACAAAUGUACAAGCCUCUGUCAACAUAGAAGGACUAAUAUUAGGGAAAGAUUUUCUCCAUGUAACCACUGAGGACCAUCACUGGGCAGGGGGAUCGCCUAGCCCAGCCUCGGGACAUUCAUACCAGCGAGAAACCCAGUUAGCACCAUCUCUAUCCCCCGCGGUCUGUUUCCUCGAGAGCCUCGCACCUCCUCCUCCCUCACGGGCGCCCCAUGGGCAGCGCCUGCCCCAGGUCUCCACAGUUGCCAGCGGUGCCUUCACCUCGUGCGCAUUUUACGAGGGAAGCACUGAGGCCGGGCGCAGGCCCGCCCACCACGGUCCCCCGCCCGGGCCGGGCCGGCGCGGGAGGUCGGCGGCCCCUCGGUCCUCAGGUGGCUGUCACCUUCGAAGAUGUGGCUGUGAGAUUCACUCAGGAGGAGUGGGGGCAGCUGGACCUUUCCAAGAGGACCUUAUACUGGGAAGUGAUGCUAGAGACCUGUGGGCUUCUGAUUGCUGUGGGCUGUCCUGUGUCCAAGUCAGAGCUGAUUUACCAGUUGGAACAAAGACAGGCGUUAAGGAAAACGACAAAUGACCUCUCCCAAAGUGUCUGUCCAGGUAACAGCACAAAACCUAACACCACCAAGCCCAGUCCUGCUUACCAGACCUGGCCUGAGGGAGCCUUGCUCCACGACCAUCAGACAGAAGGAGCCUCUCUGGACUCCCUGGUGGAGCUGCACCCCGGUCAGGAUGGGCCCUGUGAAGUACAGGAAGGACUCCUGAGACCAGGGCUGGAGGCCCUGAGGGAGAAGCUUCCUGGGGCUGGGGGGCCUGGACGUGAUGGCACGGGGUCAGCUGAUAGUGUGUGUUCAAAGACUGUGCUUGGGAGUGUGUCUCCACACUCAGCUCCCCCUGUCUGUGACUCCCGUGGGUCAGCUGCAGAUCACUUGGUACAAGAGGGGAAAAAUGCCUUCAAAUGCAAGGAAUGUGGGAAAGUGUUUAAGAAGGAACGCUUACUCAUUCAACAUAAGUUAAUUCACACAGGAGUGAAACGCUAUGAAUGUACAGAAUGUGGGAAGUCCUUCCGCAAGAGCACUCAUCUCCUGCAGCACCACAUUGUCCACACCAGGGAGAGGCCCUAUAUGUGCUUGGAGUGUGGCAAGGCCUUCAGCCGGAAGUCAUAUCUUACGCAGCACCAGCGCACGCACAGUGGGGAGAAGCCGUAUAAGUGCAGUGAGUGUGGACAAGCUUUUGCCCACCGCUCCACAUUUGUUUUGCAUAACAGAAUGCACACUGGAGAGAAACCUUUUGUGUGCAAAGAGUGUGGCAAAGCCUUUCGGGAUAGACGAGCUUUCAAUCGUCACAACAUCUUCCACACGGGAGAAAAGCCCUAUCAGUGCUCAGAGUGUGGCAAGGCCUUCAACCAGCGGUCUUACCUAACAUGGCACCAACAGACUCACAGGGGAGUGAAACCCUUCCAGUGCAAUGAAUGUGGGAGAGGAUUUUGUGAGAUCGCAGGACUCAUUCACCACUAUGUCAUCCAUACUGGGGAGAAGCCCUAUAAGUGUAUGGAGUGUGGGAAGGCAUUCCUACGUGAACCACACCUCAAGCAGCACCAGCGCAUACACACUGGGGAGAAACCUUAUGUGUGCAGUGAGUGUGGAAAAGCCUUCGCCCACUAUUCUACUCUGACCUUGCACAGAAGGGCCCACACCGGAGAAAAACCCUUUGAAUGCAAAGAAUGUGGGAAAGCCUUCACCAAUCGGAAAGACCUCAUCCGCCAUGUUAGCAUCCACACAGGAGAGAAGCCCUAUGAGUGCAUGGAGUGUGGGAAGGCCUUCAACCGCAGGUCACACCUGAUAAGGCACCAUCGGAUUCACAAUGAAGAGAAGCCCUACAAGUGCAUGGAAUGUGGGAAAACCUUCUCACGGAGCACAAACCUCAUUCAGCACUCCAACAUCCACACUGGAGAUAAGCCCUAUAAAUGCAGUGACUGUGGAAAGGCCUUCAGCCUCAGCUCCUCCCUAAGGUACCAUCAAAGGAUGCACACAGGGAAAAACUCAACCAGUAUCAGAGAUGCGGGAAAAUCUUUCACAGGUGUGCAAGCCUCUGUCAAUGUUGAAGGAUUCAUAUUAGAAGACUUUCUUCACGUAACCACUGAGGAACGUCAUCGUUCAAGGGAAUCAUCUAUCAGAGCCUCUGGUCAUUCAUACUGUAGAGAAUCUGGGUUAGUGCCAUCUCUGUGAAAAAAAUGUGGAUAACAAUCA